AUGGCUAGUCGCUACCAAGUUGUCAUUUUGGGCGCCGGGCCGGGCGGCUACUUACUAGCCGAACGAAUCGGCAAACAUCUCAAAACGGCCAUCAUUGAAAAAGAUGCUUUCGGAGGAACGUGCUUAAACGUGGGUUGCAUUCCUUCCAAGGCGUUGCUCUACUCGCGGAAAGUUUACCGAGCCGUCGCCCACGGCGAAAAGUACGGCGUGAAAGUCGGCUCUUUUCACUACGACCACCAGCAGGCUGUUCGUCGCAAAGACGAAAAAGUUAAGUUGCUCGUUCAAGGCGUGGAGGCCAAAGUUAAAGCUAACGGCGUCGACAUUUUCCGCGGAUUUGGCAAAGUUAAAGGCCAAAGUCAGGACGGGUUUUUGGUGGAAGUAGACGGGCAGGAACUACUGGCCGACAAGUUGGUGAUUGCGACUGGUUCGUUGCCUAGCAUUCCGCCGAUUGAAGGACUGAAGGAGCUCUUGACUAACCGCGAAAAAAUUCUCACUAACGUGGAAGUGCUAUCUCUAGAAAAGUUGCCCAAGCGACUAGUCAUUAUCGGCGGCGGAGUGAUUGGUUUGGAGAUGGCGGCUUACUUUCAAAACCUUGGUCCCGAGAUUCACGUGGUUGAGUUUUUUGACCAAGUUGGCGGCGGACUUGACCAGGAAAUUAGUCGGCAAAUUUUGGACUACUACCAGGAGCGCGGCGUCAAAUUUUACUUAGGUCACCAAGCGGUCAAAGUUGAUCAGCACUUUUUAAGCGUCAAAAACCGGGCGACUGGACAAGUUUUUCAAAUACCCUACGAGAAGAUUUUGCUGGCGACUGGGCGCGUUCCUAAUUCGGCUAACCUAGGUCUUGAAAAAAUCGGUCUUUACUUAGAAAAGGGUCGGGUGGUGACCAACGAAAAAUGUCAGACUAACUUAGCUAACGUUUAUGCGAUUGGCGAUGUGAACGGCGUUUCGAUGCUAGCCCACACGGCCUACCGCGAAGCCGAGGUGGUCGUGCACCAGUUGCUGGGUCAAACUUGGGACAGCGUGGACUACAACGCGAUCCCGAACGUGAUUUACACCGAUCCCGAAAUUGCCACCGUCGGACCGAGCGAAGAAGAGCUCCAAAGAAACGGCGUUGCCUACCAAGUCUACAAAAUGCCGAUGCUUUACUCGGGUCGCUUUGUGACCGAGGUUGACGACUACGCCGGUCUAGUCAAAAUGUUAGUUGACCAAAAAACCCGCCAAAUUUUAGCGGUCCACAUGAUCGGUCAGUACGCGACUGAAAUUAUCGCGAUCGCCGGGUUGAUGGUGACUAAAAUGAUGAGCGUUGACCUAGUGCGUGACUUAGUCAUUCCCCAUCCGACCGUCGCCGAACUGCUCAAGGAACUAAUUAUGCAGGAGGUAGCCCAUGCCUAA